GCUCCGGCAGCUCCAAGAUGGCGACUCCCAUGCAUCGGCUCAUAGCUCGGAGACAAGCUGAAGCCAAUAAGCAACAUGUAAGAUGUCAGAAAUGCUUGGAAUUUGGACAUUGGACAUAUGAAUGCAAAGGAAAAAGAAAGUACCUGCACAGGCCUUCCAGAACAGCGGAGCUGAAGAAAGCUUUAAAAGAGAAAGAAAAUAGAUUCUUGCAGCAAAGCAUUGGAGAGACUAAUGUAGAAAGAAAGAGCAAGAAGAAGAGGUCUAAGAGUGUCACGAGUUCCAGUACCUCGAGCAGUGACAGUUCAGCCAGUGAGUCUUCAUCGGAGAGCGAGACAUCUGCCUCAUCCUCCUCAGAGGACAGUGACUCAGACGACAGCCGCUCUAGCUCCUCCUCCUCAGUUUACACCUCCUCGUCUUCCUCCUCCUCGGACUCAGACUCGGACUCCAGCUCCUCCAGCAGCAGCAGUUGCAGUACAGACAGCAGCUCUGAUGAUGAGCCGCCCAAGAAGAGGAAAAAGAAAUAGAACUCUCCCUGCACUGGAUUAAUGGACCAAAAACGUCAGUUUGACUCACAGGGGAACUGAAAACACGCUCAAGCAAGCAAGUUAGCUGGUCAGCUUGUUAGAAUUCGGAACUUUCUAUGUAUUCGCCAUUGUAUGAAAUAUUAAUAAAAGAUAUUAUAUAUAUAAAAAGACAUUUAUUUUAAGAAUGAAUAUUGUGUUCUUGCUGUUUUUCUUUUCUUUUAAAGAUGAGGGGGUUUCUCUUUGUAUGCCUGGCUGGCCUGGCUGGCCUGGAACUCACUAUGUAGAAGAGGCUGGCCUUGAUUUUACAGACCUACCUGCUCCUGCUUCUCCUAGAAAUGUGCUACCAUGUUCAGCUUUUGUUGUUGAUUUUUUUCGUAGUAUUUUAAGUGUAUCUGUAAAAACAUAAAGCUGAAAACCAGGAAAUCUGUUUGAGUGAUAAGGCAUUUUUUCUGCCUGUGACAUGGAUACUUUAUGUGGGUAUGUGGUAAGGACUGUAUAGGACAGGCUUUGAAGAUAUUGUAUCAGAAUAUCAAGAAGUUGCUCUUUUUCCUGUGUUUAUUAUGUGAGAUUUGAUAACAUUGUUAUAGCAAGUGUAGCUUUCCUACCAUUAAUAA